AUGAGCGUACGAUUACUCGCCCGAAGCACUACCCGCAUCUGCCGCCAACCAAAGCGCUUCAUUCCUUGCAUCGCUUCUCGACCAAUCAGCCAGAAAACAUACACACUAAACACGGGUGCGAAGCUGCCAGCCAUUGGGUUCGGUACCUUCCAGGACAAGGAACAGCAGGAAUGCGCCGUCUACAACGCCAUCAAUGCUGGCUUUCGGCACAUUGACACGGCUCGAGUCUAUGACACGGAAAAGUUCAUUGGGAAGGCCAUUCGAAAGGCGGGGGUUCCUCGCCAAGAUCUUUUCCUGACUACGAAGCUUUGGUGCAACGCAUUCCACCCCGACGAUGUUGAGCCCGCCCUUGACGAGGCGCUUGCUGAUUUGGACACUCCUUACAUCGACCUCUUCCUCAUGCACUACCCAUGCACUUUCAAGCGGGGCACAGAGCGCUUCCCCAAGGGGGAGGAUGGACAGAUGAUGAUGGGCACCACGACCUACGUCGACACAUGGAAAGCCAUGGAGAAGUUGGUGCAGAAGGGCAAAGCCAAGGCCAUUGGUGUUUCCAACUUCAGCAAGGGUGAAGUCCAGAAGCUACUUGACGAGGGCUCCAUCGUUCCGGCUGUCCACCAGAUGGAACUGCAUCCCUACCUGCAACAGAAGGCCUUUGUCGAGUGGCAGAAGUCCAAGGGAAUCCAGAUGAUACAGUUCAGUCCUCUUGCCAACCAAAACAAUUUCUACCGCGACAUCUACUGGGCUACGGGCAAAGCAGAUAUCCCUCGCCUCAUCGACGAGCCCAUUCUCAACGACAUUGGCAAGAAGUACGGCAAGAGCGCUGCCCAGGUGGCACUUGCGUGGGGCCUCGCCAAUGGCCGUGCGGUCAUCCCGAAGAGUGUCAUCGAUUGGCAGAUGAAGGAAAACCUGGAGAGCGAUUUCCCGUUGGACGAGGAGGAUAUGGCGAAGAUUGCUACGUUGGACAAGGCGCUCAGGUUCAAUGAUCCGAGCACUGCGUACAACUGGAAGCUGUACAGCGAUUUGGAGGGCGCUUGGGCGAAUACCAAAUAG